AUGAGGGAAACCCGAUCGCACCGAUCGCAACAGCCUUCUUCUUUGGAGAAUACUCGUAAUAAAAAGACGACUCAGACGAAUUUCCCCCAACGGCGAGGAAACGAACACAACAAAGACGACGACGAUAAAGAUUCCUCCAACUACGCGCGAAACGUGCGCGCAUCCCGCGAGAACGGCCUGACGACGAACACUGCUGCUUUUGGUGGUGGUGAUGCGCCUUUCGGCAGCUUUCCCAGGAAGCGGGGCGAGAGAGAAGAAGGGAAUGCUCCCCCGGGGAGGUUUGGGGGUGGUUCUGGCCAACAGCAACACCAACAACAAAAACGAGCGAAAAAAUCCGUCUUUCACGCGAAAGAGCAACAAAAGUCCGCAACCUUCCGCAACCCGGACCGAACGGACGGGACGUAUUCGGACCAAGAGUUAUACGAGCAAGCGAUAGAUCACUUGGAUUACAGACGGUUGAAACGGUAUAAAUUGUGGUGGAUUGAAGAUCCGGAGUAUCACCGGAAGUUGUACGAAGAGAUGGCGAACAUGGGGAGUCCGGUGCGAUGGUCGGAGACGGACGAGGACGAGAGGAUCGAGAAUAUCUUGAAUCCUGAGGAGAAGAAAGGGAGGAAGAAAGUGCAAGGGCCUUCCUUGCCGAAAGCGAGCGACGACGAGGACGAGAUGGACGAGAAGAAAAAGAGGAGAAAGAAGACGACGAAGAAAAAGCAUUCGAGCAAGGAGAAGAAGAAGAGGAAGAAGGAGAAGAAGAAGAGUCGAAAAUCUUCCUCGCGGCGCAAGCGCCGAGGAGGCGGCAGCAGUAGCGAGAGUAGCAGCGAGAGUAGCAGUAGCGAAGACGACGACGACGAUAUCGACGAGGGCGAGUUGGUACCAGAUUUUGACGGCGGCGAGGGCGGGAAAGGUAAGGACGACGAGAAGGAGCAACCCGAGCGUUUCUUGCAAUUUUUAGAGAAGGAAGAGAGAGAGAAGAGAGAAAAACUCGUCGCCGCCGCAGCGUUAGAAGAACGGAAGAAGAAAGAAGAGCGUUUGCAAAGCAGCGCGGGAGGAGAAGGAAAAGAAGGAGCAACACAUGUUGCGGUCGAUUUCGGCCCGGCGGCGCCGCCUCCCGAGGACGAGAAUAACCUCGACAUCGCCGCCGGAAUACGAAAACCGGGAUACGGAGGUCAACUCUUACCGGGCGAAGGCUCCGCCAUGGCGCAGUUCGUGCAAUCCGGGGAAAGAAUCCCGCGGAGAGGCGAAGUCGGGUAUUCGAGCGAGCAAAUCGAAAACUUCGAAAAGAUGGGAUACGUGAUGAGCGGCAGUCGACACGCGCGCAUGAACGCGGUGCGAUUGAGAAAAGAAAAUCAAGUGUAUUCGGCGGAAGAGCAAGCGGCGUUAGCGAUGAUUAACUACGAGGAGAAAGCCGCGAAGGAGAAGCAAGUGAUGGAAGAGUUGAAGAGGUUAGUCGAUCAAGCGAAGAGGGAUUGA